GACACGCUUGGAGUUACUACACUGGCUUCUACGUGUAGAAAAGUACGAGAUGAAGUUGUCGAAGGACAAAGUCAGAUUUAUACUGCUUCUAAUAGCACUUAUUUUUCCUGCUGCAAAAGGGAAUGUCCAUUCAGAAACUUUGUACUCUGAACUUUCUUCAUUGCCAAACAAGCUUUCUUCUGUUUUAUCAGGUUUUGAAGAAGAUCUCGCUAGCGUUGAAACUGCAUUGGAGUCCAUAAAGGUUCUUCGGAAUGAUGGAAAAACUGCAAACGCAAAGUUGGAGCGCUGGCAAAACAGAAUUAAAGGGAAUCUUCAAGAACUUUCAGAAUUUUUGAGCAACGAAACCAAUGGAAUAAAGAGUGAAGUGUCAAUUGUCUCGAAUUCGCUCAAGUCCUUAGAGUCUUAUCGUAAUUGGAUUGAGCAACUUCAAGACGCGGUUGAAGAUGUUGAUAUGGGACUUCCACAUGCUUCGCCUCGCAUCGAUAUCUCACCUGUUCAAACAGAGGUGCCGCUCACUCCCGCGGAUUGUUCGGAGAGGCCGGAGAAAAUAUCGGGCGUGUACACCAUCUACCCCAGCGGCGCUGCCGUCCAAGUUUACUGCGACCAGACGACUGACGGCGGCGGCUGGACGGUCUUCCUGCGGCGCCAGAAGCAGGAGCCUCAACUCAACUUCCGUCAAACGUUCUCCAAAUACGAAGAAGGCUUCGGGAGUCGCAGUGGCGAAUACUGGCUGGGCCUGAAGAAUCUUCAUAUUUUGACGUCACAGAAGCAGUACGAGCUGCGCGUGUUGGUAGCCAAGGGAGCCGAGUCCGCCAGCAGCCACUACCAGAAGUUCCAAGUUGGAGGCGGGAGCUCGUACAAGUUGCAGGUAGAAGGCUACGACAAAGAGCGCAGCACCGCGGGCGACUCCUUCACCUACCACUCGGGUCAUCAGUUCUCUGCCAUCGACAGAGAUCGGGAUUCGGCUAGUGGAGGAAGUUGCUCGGAAUGGAGCGGUGGGGGUGGUUGGUGGUACAACUUCUGCUACAUGACAAAUCCCACAGGCCUCUUCGGUGGUGACAAGCCUGCCCACGAAGAUAGUGACCUUUACCUUGAAUGGCGCAACUGGCAGGGGUACUAUGCCUACCUCUCUAAACUCACCUUCAUGAUCAGACCCAAAACUCUGUAGCUGGGCUAAUGGCACAAGACCGGAAUCAAUUUGAAUAGCACUUGGCAGAAAUCUAUCACAGUUUUAUAGCUUGACACUGAGUGAUGAGAUAUAAUGUUCUUAUUCACUGAAAUGCACUUGAGAGAUAUAGGUUUCACCUCACGAUCAGACCAUAACUUACUAGCUCAGCUAACGAUACACGAACGGAAUUGGCUAAACUAAAUAAAACUUGGCUGAAAAGUUUUGCGUGAUAUUCUUCAGUCUUUUUUUAAUCAGAAAUAAACUACUUAACGCUUCAUCAAAAACUCCUUGCUGAUUCCACAUCAUGAACAAAACCGGACGUGAAAAAUUGCGUAACAUUGAUGUGAAAAACUGGUUAUUUGCGUAUUAAGAGAAGAAACCUCGAAUUGUGCAUAACCUAUUUUUCGUACUGUUUGAUUUGAUAUUUUCAUUUAACUGGUGUUUCUUGGUUUUGCUUUGGUAUUGUGGUUGUUAGCCUUUCUUUCAACCCAUGUCCAAUCUACGCUGUUGAGUGAAUUUGAGUGCAUUAAAAUUGAAUUUCAA